AUGGAGCAGCAGAGACGCAUUAGUCGAGCUAGGGUGGAGAUAUGUGCCGCCCCCAGAGGUCUCUUGGCCACGGUGGUCUUGGAAACCUCUUUCCAAGCCAGAGCCAGAGCCAGAAGCCAGAAGCCGAGGCCGGAGACGCAGACACAACCCGAAAAAGCAGAAUCAGAGAUUUUAGUGCUGACAGACGAUCAACAGCGGUGGCGGAAGAGGGCAGUAGACAAGGCGCGAGGGGAGGGUACCAGGAGAAGCUUAAAGUAUGGAAUGGUGAGUGAUGUAUGUAAUUAG